GGAGGGCGGCCUGGAGGCAGCGGCUCCGUCCGGAGCUGCGGGCGGCAUGGAGGAGGCGCCCUGCUCGCCCGCGUCCCCCGCCGGCAGCCUGGCCAGCAGCGAGGGGGGGCCCGCGCCGGCCCGCCGGCCCGGCCGCAAGCGCCGGCUCGGACCCGGGCCCCGGGGGGAGAUGGGCAGCCCGGCGCCCGCCAAGCGCGGCCGGAGGGGCAGCCCCGGGGCGCCGUCGCCCGAGGAGCUGCAGAGCCAGAGGGCGCUGGCCAACGUGCGCGAGCGGCAGCGCACCCAGUCGCUCAACGAGGCCUUCGCGGCGCUGCGCAAGAUCAUCCCCACGCUGCCCUCCGACAAGCUGAGCAAGAUCCAGACGCUCAAGCUGGCCGCCAGGUACAUCGACUUCCUGUGCCAGGUGCUGCGCAGCGACCAGCUGGACGGCAAGGCCACCAGCUGCAGCUACGUGGCCCACGAGCGCCUGAGCUACGCCUUCUCCGUGUGGCGCAUGGAGGGCGCCUGGUCCAUGUCCGCGUCCCACUAGCGGGUGUUGCUGGACCUGAGCCCAGGUGGACACGGGGGCCGCCAACCUGGUGGUUGGCUCCGGGACACCCCUCUCUGCUCCACACGCGGCACAGGGACUGGGGCCAAGCGAGGGGACGACGGCCCCAGCCGGACAGCCUUCAGCCCCAGAGACGGCGCCUCGUCCUCACGGUGACGCAUCUGUCACACUGCCAAGGCCCAGACGUUUCCUCCGGGGGCUUCGUGGGUGCCUGUGUAGGGAGAUCUUUCAGGAACAUUCCAGCUUCAGGAACAGCCUCGAGGCUCUUGUCUGGGGUCCGUGUGUUCCACCCAGUGCCUUUCAAUGUCUAUUUUUUAAAUAAAGCAGAAAUAUGUGCUCUGACCAUUCUGCCUCUGCUGGACCAAGGCUGACGGACAAAGCCCCCCUCUGAGUGCAGCAGCCAAGAAGCCUGGACACCCCCCACCUCUCUCUGGAUCUGCUCAGCUAACCACCCCUCGGUCUUGCCAAUUCAGUGUGUAUGUUGCCUACUUGUUUUAUUUAUUGAGAUAUUUCUAACAGCCCACAAGCGGCGGUGAGGUGUGGACUACGUCCACUGGGCACAAUAAAGGCCCUGCAGCCCUG